CUCAGCUUACGACGUCGUCCUGAGACAAAAGGUUGCGGUGAAGAAGCUCUCCAGGCCMUUUCAGUCUCUGAUCCACAGUCGUCGCUCGUACCGGGAACUCCGGCUCCUCAAGCACAUGAAACACGAGAACGUGAUCGGGCUGCUGGACGUCUUCACUCCUGCAGCCUCGUUAGAGGACUUCAACGAGCUCUACCUGGUGACGAAUCUGAUGGGAGCAGAUCUGAAUAACAUCGUGAAGUUUCAGAGGUUGUCAGACGAACACGUGCAGUUUUUAAUCUACCAGCUUCUCCGCGGCCUCAAGUACAUCCAUUCAGCAGGACUGAUCCACAGAGACUUAAAGCCAAGUAAUGUGGCCGUGAAUGAAGACUGUGAGCUGAGGAUUCUGGACUUCGGGUUAGCCAGGCAGACAGAUGACGAGAUGACGGGGUAUGUGGCCACCCGCUGGUAUCGAGCACCGGAGAUCAUGCUGAACUGGAUGCACUACAAUCAGAACGUUGACAUCUGGUCAGUUGGUUGCAUCAUGGGAGAGCUGCUGAAGGGAAAAGUCCUCUUUCCCGGCACUGACUAUAUCGACCAGCUGAAGAGAAUCAUGGAGGUGGUCGGGACCCCGACGCCGGAGAUGUUAAAAAAGAUCUGCUCUGAACACGCCCAGAAGUACAUCCAGUCUCUGCCCUUCAUGCCUCCACAAGACCUGGAAAAAAUCUUCAGAGGAGCAAACCCUUUAGCCGUCGACCUCCUGAAGCGCAUGCUGGUUCUGGACUGUGAUGAGCGGAUCUCAGCAGGCGAGGCUCUGUCCCACCCGUACUUCUCACAGUACCACGAUCCGGAAGACGAGCCGGAGGCGCCGCCUUACGACCAAACGCUGGAGAGCAAAGACCGGACUCUAGAGGAAUGGAAAGAGUUGGUGUUCGAAGAGGUAAAAAGCUUUAAAGCACCCGGCAGCAAGACUGAUAGCCUUCAGGUGGAGCAGUAAGCUCCGCCUUGUCCUCCACCUGGAGAAGGACCAUUUUCUUUCUUUCUUUCUUUCUUUCUUUCUUUCUUUCUUUUAUUUUUAAACUGAGAACGGAUUGUGGAAAAGCAAGAAAAGGGAGUUUGAUUUCUCAUGAAUCAAUCCGAGGAGCAGGUCACGGCGGUCUCCGUGGGCUCAGAUUACUGAAGGACUUCUUGUGCUGCUUCCUGUUUUUGCCUACAGGAAGUAAAACGAGGAACCGUCCAGUAUCAAGGAGCAACUAACUGAACUGCGUUUACAAGACAGAAGGGUAUUGAAUUAAAAAAAAAUUUAACUCACUAGUAUUUCCAAAGUAAAACAGGGACGCUGUUCUUCAUCAGCACCAUGAACUGUUAUUCAUGUAAGGAAUUCAUGUUUAAAGGCUGCCUGCAUGGUUUAUAGUCACAGCAUAACCAGUACUAUGUGAUCAUUAUUAUCCAUCCAUACUGCCUCAUUAGUAUUAAAUCAUAUGUUUUUUUUA